AGAUUACCACGAACUCGCCAACAUGGGUCAGGGAACUUCCCAUGAGACUCAGCAUCUGACGCUAGAACAACUCAGUCACAAUCUCGCACAAACGUUCGCAAAGAAGAGCUACACUCCCCUCGAACUAUACUGCUUCAAGACCGUAUUUCGUUCGCUAGCAGAUACACAAUCUGGCGUACAAUACUGGAGCGAGGCAACGCUAUGUCGAUUCUUAGAGCUGCCAGACGCGCUGGGCGUGGGAUCGGUCAUCUUCCAGAUGGCUAGCUACCUCGGCGCGUUCCCUUUUGCAAGUCAGGCACCGGCCAUUCUUACCAACGAGGCGCUGUUGAAGGUUGUCACAAUCUUGACGGAGAGGUAUGGAGCAGUACUAAAGAAGAGAGGGCGAGAGAUAUGGCUCAGGGAGAUAUACAGAAGCUUGGCUGUGUAUGACAAUGGCAUACGAGCGGAGGCUGAAGAGAAAAAGCAAGAGAGUGAUCAAGUAACUCAGAAGAUGGGGUUUGCAGUCGAUGCGCCUGAAGACGAUGAGGGAGAAGACGAGGCUGACGAAGAUGAUGAGCUGGUCCUGGCAGCACUCGACUCGAUGGACUCUCUGGAGGUUUUCAAACACGGCGAGCAGACCAAUGUGCACCAUUCCAUCAUCCCUACCGACAAUUUUCUGAAACUAGUUGAGCUCUUACUGCUCAUCGCGCCAAUAAAUCCGCAGCAAAACCUUUCAUCACUGGCACCCGAGCUGUCCCAGGAGCGCAUCCAGAUGCUUCGACGGACUGCAAAAGUGGUGCUGUCAUCGUUCGUCACCGACAAGCAACCCGGCGUCACAUAUCGUACGUUCGAUGCUGUUUUGUCAUCUAGUCUACCGUUCCUAUUUGACGGCCUGAAUCCCUUGUUCGAGCACUUCCUCUUUGCGAAAGACUUUGAUCUCUCCAAACGCAGGUCAGACUCGACGUCUCCAACACAAGAAACGCAUCCUGUAAUACCACCACCAAAAACCGUGAUUGAUCCAGAGCCGAUCUUGCGCAGCCCAGGCGAGAUCCUGACCCUUACCACGCUCAGCCAGCUAUCAUUCUUCAUCAAAGGCAGUAACCUCUUCAGACGUCUACGGCCCCUUUACAGCGGUAAUACACAUGGAUUCUCCAUGGGCUCGUUUGAGAAACAGGCAUUUAAUUGGCGAGCACCCACGAUCUUGUUAGUAUCAGGGCGGCUCCUUCCAUCCAAAGCGACUAGUACUCGUGAACGUGCUCUGCAAGACAUGCUCCCACCCAAACGCUACCCCAACAGCAUAACUGAGUCAUCCCAAAAUCAAACCAUCACCUACGGCGCCUACAUUCCUGCGCAAUGGAAACACACCGGCAAGACCUGCUUCGGAGAUGCGUCCACACAGCUCUUCCAGCUGUCGCCUACGCACGACGUCUUCUCCGCAUCAAGCUUCAGCACUGAUUAUGUCUACUUCAACAAAUCACCUACCCACCCAGCCGGCGUCGGGUUCGGCACCCCAGUCCCCACACAGUCCCAGGCAAGCAGCCACUCUUACGGCGUCUUCCGCCCCGCGCCUGUGUCACUGCAUCUUGACGACGCGCUGGAGUUUGGGGUAUUCACGCAUCUCUCCGAGGGUGGUGGGAGUUUCCGUCCGAGUAAGUUGCCGGGCAGGAAGGGCAAGGACUGGCAAGAUCGGUUCGAGAUCGAUAGUUUGGAGGUCUGGGGAUGUGGGGGGGAUGAUGUGGCUGAGGCGCAGAGGAAGGAGUGGGCGUUCGAGGAGCGAGAGGCAGAGGCGAGGCGACGGAUUAAUCUGGGGACUGGGGACAAAGAGAUGGAUUACGAGCUGUUGAAGAUGGCGGGACUGGUCGGGAACGAGAGCAGGAGUGGUGGAAGUAUGGGCUGAAUGGGACAUUGAAGCUCCGUGGGACAGGCUUGCGCCUUGAUUUCGUACCUAGAAGGGGCUCUGUAGCUACACCUGCACAGCUGCAAUUAAACUCACUUCAUUAA